GGAAGCGCGAGGUGGGAGGCGGCGCGCGCGCGCGCGCCCCAGCGCGCGGGAACCCGGCCGGCCGCGAGCGCGCGCGCGCCCCCGCCGGUGUGUGUGUGUGAGAGAGAGAGAGAGCGGCCGAGACAAAGGGGAAGGCGGCGAGCGCGGGAGGUGGGCGGAGCGGCGGCGGGAGCGGAGGCUGAGGCAGCCCGGAGCCCGAGCGGGAGGAGGAGGAGCGGCGGCGGCGGCGGCGGCGGCGGGGGGAGGAGGGGGGCAGCGGCGGCCGCAGCAUGCCCGGCUCGAUGUUCUCGGAGAUGGAGCCUGUCAGUGACUCCGGUGGUAACGGCGGCGGUGCCGGCGGAGGAGGGGUCACGGUGGCGGGCGUCAGUGGCGGUGGCGGGGCCGCCGAUGCCGCCGCCGCCGCCGGCACGGAAGAGGAUCAGAAGUCGCUGCGGCUCGCCUUGGAUCACCUCUCCAUCUUGGGGCUGGGAGAGGAAGGAGACGGUCUGUUGGGCGAGGGUGGUGGUGGUGGUGGUGGUGGUGGAGGCGGCGGCGCCGUGAUGGUGGUGGAGGAGGACGACGAGGAUGAGGCGGAGGAUGAGGGCGGCAUGAACGGGCUGGCCGGGCUGCCGCACUCGGCCGCCUCGCUCUUCCAGCCGCCGCCCCCGCCGCUCUUCAGCAUGCCCGGGGACCCCGGGCGCAGGAAGAGCGUCAACAUGACCGAGUGUGUGCCGGUGCCCAGCUCCGAACAUGUGGCCGAGAUCGUGGGGAGACAAGGUUGCAAAAUUAAGGCUCUUCGCGCAAAGACAAAUACAUACAUAAAAACCCCUGUUCGAGGUGAAGAACCUGUAUUUAUUGUCACUGGGAGAAAGGAAGAUGUAGCCAUGGCCAAAAGGGAGAUUCUUUCAGCAGCAGAACACUUCUCAAUGAUCCGAGCAUCUCGCAACAAAACUAAUGGGCUGGCAGGAACUGUUGCAGGAUCUCCUAACCUGCCAGGACAGACGACAAUCCAGGUGCGUGUGCCUUAUCGUGUGGUGGGGCUUGUGGUAGGACCCAAAGGAGCUACCAUAAAACGAAUCCAGCAAACAACUCAUACGUACAUAGUCACUCCAAGCCGUGACAAAGAACCGGUCUUUGAGGUCACAGGCAUGCCAGAAAAUGUGGAUCGAGCCAGAGAGGAAAUUGAGGCUCAUAUUUCAAUGAGAACUGGAGUGCUUAUCGACUUAACUGCAGACAAUGACUUUCACUCUAAUGGAACUGAUGUAAGCUUAGAUGGCAUCAGCACUACUGGGAGCCUGUGGUCCAAGGCCCCCAACCCAGCCCGCAGACCUGCUGCUAGCUUUCGAAAUGACAGCCUAAGCUCCUUGGGAAGUACUUCCACUGAUUCCUAUUACAGCAACAGAUUAGCAGAUACCAGUCCAACAAGUCCAUUCAGUACAGGUAGUGGUGGCUUUACAUUUGGGGAAUCACUUACCUCUGUUAAUUCAGAUGAGCGUGAUGUGGGCUUGGAAUAUCCGGCCAUUGAUUGUCUAAGUGGGCCUCACAGCAUGAUAUGGUCACCAUUUGAGCAUGGCAAUCCUAUUCAAGCCUUUAAUGGUGGUUCAGCUGUCCAGAGACGCACUAACAGCAUUAGUGGCUCCUCUACUCUUCGUGUGUCACCCACCAUUUCUGACGGUAGUGCCCUCGACCAUCCACUGGCUAGGCGUGUGCAAAGUGAUCCUUUGGCUAAUUUAGCAUGGCUACCUAACCAGACAUCCCUGUCUGCCUUUUCUAACAGCCCAGGCUAUUCGUCGUCUUCACUACCUGGGAGUACCUCAGCAACAUCUGGCUCUCCCACAGACUCGAGUGGUUCCGAAAGCAGGCAGAAAAACAACCGUGACUGUGUAGUUUGCCGUGAGAGCGAAGUGAUUGCAGCACUUGUUCCUUGUGGUCACAAUUACUUUUGCAUGGAAUGUGCCAACCGUAUCUGUGAGAAAGCCGAGCCCAAGUGCCCUGUCUGCCAAAAACCAGCAUCACAGGCCAUCCGUAUAUUUUCUUAGCGGCAAUGUGUCCUAGCAAGUACUGCAGGCAACACCAAGAACAGAAUAACCGCUGUACAAUAUACCCUAGACAAACCUUAUUUUAUUUCGACUGGAAGACUAUAUUUCCUAGAGGAGAUGUUUACAAAUUAGCUUUAAUUUUAACCCAGUCAUCAUUGGCAAUUUUGGAAUAAGUUAGAUAUUGUUAAGCAGUUGUAGCCACAUGUGCUGAUUGUGUACUGCUUGUCAAAGUUACUAUGACAGUAUUCAGUUAGAUUUAAAUAAAGGAAAGGUCCGCCGCACUUUGCAGAUAUGAGUUUUUAAAAUUUCUACCUAGCAUUUUAUUUUUUAAUGCAUAGAAUAUAUCUUGUACACAUAGCUGAGAAAAGCCAAGUGGUUGUAUGUUUUAUAACACCAGAGUUUAAUUGUGACAGCACCAGUACAGAUUACUAAAUAUCCAAGUUUUAUCAUUUGUUUACCUCUUACUAUGUAUAUGUAGGGAAUUUAUAGGACUGAAAAUGUACUUUAUUUGAAUAAAUUUUAAAAACUAAAUAUAUUUUAUUUUAAGAUAAUGGACCUUUAACCUUACAUGGCUAAAGUACUGAUAUAUAUUUGCUGAACUGACUUGACGGUAUGAAAUUGUAUGAAGAGUUUUAUUUUUUGACUUAAAA